GGUAUAGCGCGUGCUGCUGUGGUGACUCAAAAUUGUAGGUAUUGUCGUUGCCUCAGGCUGAGAUAUUGCUUCCUUACUGCAGUGCGGGCCGAGCAUCGAGUCUCCUCCUCUCCUACUCCUUCCUACCUCAAGAUUAUCUUCCGUCUGGCUUGCUGCGACUCGACGAUUCGAUACCAUUCAGAUCACUUUCAAUGCUACGGCACUCAACUCUGUGCGAUACACAGGAGCAGCAUGCCUCCCACAUCAUCUGGCUAUCAGGGUCCGAGGUCGCCAUGUGUCUCGAUCGCUAGUUGACGGACUCUAUCUACAAUGGCUCCUCGGCCUUAUCGGUCGAUACCACCCUCACCUUCGAUCAAUUUAUUAUCAAGGCAUGCUCCGACACAUGAGAAAAGUAUCGACAAGGCAUGGGCGGGGAGCUCCGAUGCCAAGUCAAUGCCUUGUUAUCGUGCUCUGUACUCUUCUGCAGGGAUGAAUAGACAGCUUUUAAUCUACGCAGACAUCAACUGGGAUUAUCUGCUCCGUGCUGGGCUUGCCGGCGAGCUUCCAUCAACAUUGCACAUCGCAAGUGAUUGGCGGCAGGUGUUGACACUGCAUCCCCCAACAUGGCUUCUCCAAGACCAUUCGUCCAGCCUGGUUGAUGAACAGAUGGAGUUCUCCAAAUUAAACCGGUCCUCAGAAGCUGAAGAUCUUCCCUCCACAGCGAAUCAGAUCGCCAGCUGCCCCGACGGGAAGAGCAAUGCAACCCAUCCUAAUGCACACUACUUUGACCAACCUUUAUCGAUUGUUUGGCAUCUGCUCCCAUUGCUUCUUCUCCGAAGGAGUCCCGUCGUAGCUUCAUCUAGUCUCCGGCUGCAGAAUGACGCUGUCACGCUCAAUUGGCCAUUCAUCGCCCACAAACCCCCAGUCGCCCUGCGGGUCCUGACAGCAUCGUCCGACUCCCGACUCAAUUAUCGGUCGGUCCUGGCGAAUCAGCAAUUCCUUAUCAGCACAUGUUGCUAUCAGCCCUCAUCAAGAUGCAGAGAGGGACUCUCCACCACAACCGAGGGGUAUGCGGCUUGAGCGAGGUAGGCCGGGCAAUUGUCUAUCACCGGCGUAUAAGUAGCGCCAACUCCCU